CACGUCCUGCAGAGGUUUUGCGGAAGAUCUACUGUACGUAGGUUGCUAGGUGGUCUGCUGUUAAAGAGGUGAAACUCAUUUUAGGUGACAGAGACGAGCAGAAACAAGAAUUUUGCCACGACGAUACGGACAUGGCGUCAAGCAGCCCCUGUGUUGUGAUCAGCGAUGAUGAGCAGGGAUAUGACCUGGACCUCUUCUGCAUCCCAAAGCACUACGCUGAUGACCUAGACCGGGUCUACAUCCCACAUGGACUCAUCCUUGACAGGACAGAGAGGCUAGCCAGGGAGAUUAUGAAGGAUAUGGGGGGGCACCAUAUUGUGGCACUCUGCGUGCUCAAGGGGGGUUACAAGUUCUUUGCAGACCUGUUGGACUACAUCAAGGCCCUAAACCGUAACAGCGACCGCUCCAUUCCUAUGACAGUGGACUUCAUCCGCCUCAAGAGCUACUGCAAUGACCAAUCUACAGGUGAAAUCAAAGUCAUUGGAGGGGAUGACCUGUCUACACUGACAGGGAAGAAUGUCCUGAUUGUGGAGGACAUUAUUGACACAGGAAAGACCAUGAAGACCUUGCUGCAACUUCUCAAACAGUACAACCCAAAAAUGGUAAAAGUUGCAAGUUUGUUGGUGAAGAGGACACCAAGGAGUGUUGGCUACACACCAGACUUCAUAGGAUUUGAGGUUCCAGACAAAUUUGUGGUGGGAUAUGCGCUAGACUACAACGAGUACUUCAGAGAUUUAAAUCACAUCUGUGUCAUUAGUGAAACAGGGAAGGAAAAAUACAAGGCCUGAAGAGGACAGCCCUUCCUCUAGUUGUCUAUCAUUCUUUUUUAUGUUGCUUUAAUUUGAUAUAUCUGAUUUAUAUAUUUUUGGUCAGCAAAAA